UAGCCUCCGUCGUCCAAGACCUCCAAGCCCCCCACAACACACAGAAGCACGGGAACACGGCAAAAGCCACACGACUCCCUCGGCCGGACCUCCCCAAUCACGGCGAUGCCUCCGACAAUGGCCGUCUCCGACAACUCCGUAGCGCACACGACGGCGGAUCAGGGCAGGAUGGGCCGUGGCGAGAAGCUCCUCUAUCCAACACUUACCGCGGCUGGCGCAGCCUACUGCAAGCCCGGCAUGCAUGCCGGCAAGGCCAUACCGCUCGCUCCUCAGGUUGUCACUGAUAAAGCGACGGCCGUAGCCGUCGACCAUGACAUGAACGAUGGAGCACUCGCUGAGCGCGUGCUCCGUGGCAUUCCAAUUCUGGGACUCAUUGUCGCUUCUUCCGCCGUGACUGGGCUCGCCACCGGCGCGCCGACCCCCGCAAUAGGCUUCGGGCUAUUCCUGAUGCUGCUUGUUGGUCUCUCCGCCGUCAGUAUCCGUGUGCUCCGUGCCUAGGUGUGGGGGUACGCAUGCCAUGGGAUCACAACAAUAAUUUGCACCUGUCCUGAUAUUGGAUGCAAACUAUUUGUCUUUCGUAUGCUUUGUAUUUGUAUGUUACUUCAAAAGUUGUGUUUGUACUUGUAUCUGUUGCCAUAUGAGACUGAG